AUGGAGAACUACCAGAAGAUCGAGAAGAUUGGAGAAGGAACCUAUGGCGUUGUCUACAAGGCUCGCGAGCUCACCCAUCCCAAUCGGAUUGUCGCCCUCAAGAAGAUUCGACUAGAGGCGGAGGAUGAAGGCGUUCCUAGCACAGCCAUCCGUGAGAUUUCCCUACUCAAGGAGAUGAGCGAUCCCAACAUUGUGCGACUCCUGAACAUUGUGCAUGCCGAUGGCCACAAGCUAUAUCUCGUCUUCGAAUUCCUCGAUCUCGACCUCAAGAAGUAUAUGGAGGCUCUUCCUGUCAGCGAAGGUGGCCGAGGCAAAGCUCUUCCGGAAGGCUCUGCUUUGAGCAAGAACAUGGGUCUUGGCGAUGCCAUGGUCAAGAAAUUCAUGGCUCAGCUAGUGGAGGGUAUUCGUUACUGCCACAGCCACCGUAUUCUACACCGUGAUCUCAAGCCCCAGAACCUCCUGAUUGACCGCGAUGGCAAUCUUAAGCUGGCGGACUUUGGAUUGGCUAGAGCUUUUGGUGUUCCCCUGAGAACCUACACCCAUGAGGUUGUCACCCUUUGGUACCGCUCGCCUGAGAUUCUCUUGGGUGGUCGUCAGUACUCGACCGGCGUAGACAUGUGGUCCUGUGGUGCCAUUUUCGCGGAGAUGUGCACUCGCAAGCCUUUGUUCCCAGGUGAUUCGGAGAUCGACGAGAUCUUCAAGAUCUUCCGUCUCCUCGGUACCCCAGAUGAAGCCAUCUGGCCCGGCGUCACCUCUUUCCCCGACUUCAAACCCACUUUCCCUAAGUGGAAACGUGAUGAAACCCGUGCACUCGUUCCUGACCUUGAAGAGGAUGGUCUGGACCUCCUCGAUGCUCUUCUCGAGUAUGAUCCUGCACGACGAAUUUCUGCCAAGCAGGCCUGCAUGCAUCCCUACUUCCGGAACGGCAGUGCCUACUACUCAGGACGCGCCCGGAGGAAUGGUUUCAACUAG